AUGCAGUUGAGCAAGUCUCUGGAUGAUCUGAAGCGGAGCGGGAUUCCAAAGCUUACGACAUUCGUUAAAGAGCUGCAGUUAGCAAAGUCUUUGCAUGUUCUAGAUCUGAGUGAUUCCCCAAAUAUUGUAGAGAUGCCUGAAGGAUUUACCUGUUUCUCGUCAUUGGAAGUGCUAGAUUUAAGCAAAUGUUCCAAGUUGGCUUGCCUUCCCGAAAGCAUAGGCGAACUAAAGUCUUUGUACCGACUGAACAUGAGGGGCUGUUCAGAGCUCAGGGCACUACCGGAAUCAAUGGGUAACCUAUCUUCUUUGCUAGAGCUGGAUUGUACAGAAUGUAUUGAGUUGAAGGUCGAUCCAGAUAGUUUCACUCAGCUAAAGUCUCUUUGUCGUCUUCAGUUAAGAAAUUGCUCAAUGCUGAAUUCUUUGCCUGAAAGCUUUGGAAACUUGUCUUCUCUGGAAUAUCUAGAUUUGACCCGUUGUACUCAGCUAUCAGAGCUUCCAAAGAGCUUCCACAAACUUAGUUCCCUAUCUCUUCUCCAUUUAAAAGAUUGUUCAGGCUUACUUGAAUUGCCAGUAAACUUUGGUAACUUGUCUUCUUUGAAAGAACUGGACUUAUCAGGUGACCUUAAAUUAGAAAGCCUUGAAACAAGUUUUGGGAAACUCCACUCACUGUGUUACCUGUGCUUAAAAGAUUGUUCAAAUCUCACCUCGUUGUCAGAAAAUUUUUCUGAGCUAUCUGAUUUGGAGGAGCUUGAUUUAACUGGCUGUGAUAAGUUGGCAAGACUCCCAGGAAACUUUGGUCAUUUCAAAUGCUUGCGUAUUUUGAAAUUAAGCUGCUCAAGGCUUACAAAAUUACCCGUGUCCAUAGGCUUCAUGUUUUCACUUCAGCAGUUGAGUUUAACAGGCUGUCAAAAUUUGGCGAGACUUCCAGAUAGUGUCUGCGAACUUCAGUCUCUAUCCCACCUUCUGUUGGCAAGCUGUCCAGAGCUCACUGAACUGCCCUUAGGCUUUGACAAACUAUCUUCGUUGGAAGAGCUUGAGAUAACAGGCUGCAGCAAAUUGAAGUCACUUCCAAUUGACCAGCCUCCGUCUUUACGUGUUCUGAAAUUAAGAGGUUGUUCACAACUCAAAGAAUUACACAUAAAUAUUGGCAAGCUGCUUUUAAAAGAGUUGGUUCUAACAGGUUGUAAUGUUUUGGAAACGCUUCCAAAGAGCUUCAGUGAAACUAAGUCUCUACGCCACCUGCGAUUAAGAGGAGCUUCAAAACUCACUAGCUUUCCAGAGAACAUACCCUCUUCUAUUGAGACAUUGGAUUUAGGUGACUGCUCAAGUUUAAAGGUGCAUCCGCAAGGAAUAGGACUUUACAGUUCUCUCAAGUUGUUGUUUUUGGAUAAAUGUUCCAAGUUGUCUCAGCUACCUGACGACUUUGGACUGCUGAAUUCAUUGAGAUAUCUAAGCAUAGCAGGUUGCACAGAGCUCGAGAGGUUUCCUGAUUCUCUUAAGAACAUGCCCAAUUUGGUAGCAGUUGACGCAUCAGGAUGCCCUCGAUUGCAGGGAGAGACAAUGGACAGGCUGGCGGAGCUGCGAUGCUUGUAUUUCGUCGAUGUGAGGGGAAGCAACUUCUUGAUAGAGCAGUGGAAAGAAAGAAGAGAACUCCACCAUCAGCUUGUUGUACGGUUGCAAAUGGAUGAAGAAGAAGCCAUGUACGCAGACACGAUCAUCUCCUGUCUGUCUUCAAUCAGCGCCAUCGUGACAGAAAAAGUCGCUUUGGUCGUAACAUGCUCCUCAGAUAGCCAGGGAUUACAAGUAGUAGAGAAAAAAAUUGGUGAGCUUUAUGAGCAAGGUUUCCGUACCUGUUCCAUCCAUAUGACUGAUAGCAGGGAAAUGUGUUCCAAGAUGAAAUCUCGGAAUCUACUGUGUUUCGCUAUGCUGAGGUGGUUGAAGAAGCAGCACCCUCAAACGUUCGCCUCUCUGAAGAUUUUGCACACGUUGAUUGUAACAGUAGAUGUGAGCAUGACAGACAAGGAGGGCAAACAAGAGACUGUAAACAUGAAGGUAGAAUUACCUGCAGUUGAAGAUCGAGAUUUGCAAGCACUUACAGAUAUCCACGGCGGCCUGGGAAGGUUUUGCCCUUCUCUUUUAGGUAUAGUUGCUGACAGUGAUUUGCAAGCAGUUCCAGAUAUCCACGGCGGCGUGGGAAGGUUUAACCCUCCUCCUCCUUUAUGA